UGAAUGACUGACGGCGAAGCUUCACCAUGGAGGAGUGAGAAAAGACGUGUGCGUUGAUUCCAUCGUAGAUGUAGCCGGAGGAACGGGCGCCAUCUCAGCUGCUGUAGGACCAUGGCCAGGGCGGUGGAGGACCCUCACUUGGGUCCGGGUCCCGAUGAGGAGGACGGGUCUUCAUCGGGGUGGGACUCGGACAGCAUCCUGUCCGACGACUCCGUGCUUCCGGACUACUCGCGGGAAACAUGGGACGGGCGGACGGCAUCCACUCUCUACCAGGCGUGCGCCCGCAACAACCUGGCCGCUCUGCAGAGGGUCCUGGAGAGGGGCGUGGCCAGAGAGGAGGUGAUGGAGCUGGACAUCAACAACUGGAACGGCUUGAUGGUGGCUUGCUGCAAAGGCUUCCUGGACAUUGUGUACGCGCUGAACACCUGUCCUCAUGUAGACAUCAACCACCAGGACCAUGAAGGCAACACAGCACUGAUGAUUGCAUCCCAAGCAGGUCACGCCAGCACGGUCAUGUACCUCCUGAACUAUUACUCGGGAAUAGACACGGAAAUAAGGGACUGUCGCGGCUUCACAGCCCUCAUCAAAGCGGCAAUGACGGGCCGCGACGAUGUGGUGGCAGCACUUGUAAUGGCAGGGGCUGACAUUGGCGCCACAGACACCACGAGAGGAAAGUGCGUUCAGGACUGGGCCCAUAAAACGGGUCGCUAUGAGACGCUGUAUCGUCUUCGUCGCCUCACCAUGAGACCCAAAGCUGAGCAGUUCUGUGAAAGUUACGUCCCCGAGUGGCCCGAGCUCAGGCAGCGAGUGGCCAAGGCCACGGCGGAAAGGAGCGCCCGGGAGAAAAUCACCCAGCACAUCAAGACCAAGUUCGCGUUCCGGUUUCCCCAUGACCCCGAGGACGAGGGGGUUCUGGACCACAUGGUGCGCAUCACCACCAGCCUCCACAGCCCGCUCAUUUCCACCGGCUGCCGUCCGCUGUGCCCGACCAGCCCCCCCGAAGCGGGCAAGAGACGCCUGGCCGUGCCCGAGCUGAUGAGGAAACACUCGGAGCGGGAGUUGGAGGAAAGCUCGGUGUGCCACAGCGACGGCUCGGCGUCGCACGUCAUUCCCUCCGUGCAAUCCGCGGAAUCCAUCGCCACAACCUGCUGCGCCGACGCCGACCGGAGGGGCAGCAUCAUCUCGCUGGCCUCCAACAAGGUGGCGUCCAAGUUCAUCCCGCGCAGCAUGGCCAGGAGGAACAGCGUCUUCCCCUCCGGCUGCAUCCCGCACAUCAACAUCAACAGGCCCACGGAGGCCACGCCAAAGAAGGAGAAGAAGAAGAAGAAGGUGGACAAGGACCACCUGGAGCCUCCCCAGUGGAGGUACAAGGAGAUCAAGGAGGAGAAGAAGAAGAAGGCUGAGCAGGAGAAGAAAAAGGACGGCAAAAAAUAAGUUGUUUUUUUACAAAUUCCACUCAGGGCUUGACUCAUUUCAACAACACCAAAUGUUUGUUACGGUAUCUACCUCACCUCUUCUGUUGGACACAAUAUCAAGGCUUGGUCAUAGAGUAAAGACAUCAAAUCAUCCUUUUGUAAUAUGCUCACUCUGGUCAAAGAUCCUCUAAAUGACAAGAGCGCUAUGCAGUUUCUUCAGGACUCGCGUAAAGGCAAAAAUGCAAGUCAAAGAUCCUCUGCGUGACAGGGAGAUUCGGCUGUUUUUAAGGACACACUCCAAAAAAAAAACACUAUUCAAAGAUCCUCAACAUGACUGAGUUACUGUUUAUAAGAACCGGCUUGUCAAAGAUCCUCUCUAUAUGACAGGAUGACUGUUUUUAAGAACCGGCUAGUCAAAGAUCCUCUAUAAAACAGGAGCACUCUGCUGGUUUUUAAGGACCUGCUACUAAAAUGCUGUUCAGAGACCCUUUAUAUAUGGCAGGAACAUCGUGCUGUUUUUAAGGACCUACUGCAAAAAAACCUUAGUUAAAGAUCUUCAACAUGACAGGGUUAUGGUUUUCACAAACCUGCCAGUCAAAGAUCCUCUAUAAAACCGGAGCACUGUGCUGUUUUUAAGGACCAACUACAUAACCACAAUUCAAAGAUUCUUUAUUACUGUUUUUAAGGACAUGCUGCCAAAUGCUAGUCAAAGAUCCUCAACAUAAAAGGAUUACUGUUUUUAAGAACCUGCUCAAAAGUGGCUAGUCAAAGACCCUCUUUAAAACAGGAACGCGCUUCUGUUUUUAAGGACCUACUGCAAAAAAACCUUAGUCAAAGAUCUUCAACGUGACAGGGUUAUGGUUUUCACAAACCUGCCAGUCAAAGAUCCUCUAUAAAACCGGAGUACUGUGCUGUUUUUAAGGACCAACUACAUAACCACAAUUCAAAGAUUCUUUAUUACUGUUUUUAAGGACAUGCUGCCAAAUGCUAGUCAAAGAUCCUCAACAUAACAGGAUUACUGUUUUUAAGAACCUGCUCAAAAGUGGCUAGUCAAAGACCCUCUUUAAAACAGGAACGCGCUUCUGUUUUUAAGGACCUACUGCAAAAAAACCUUAGUCAAAGAUCUUCAACGUGACAGGGUUAUGGUUUUCACAAACCUGCCAGUCAAAGAUCCUCUAUAAAACCGGAGCACUGUGCUGUUUUUAAGGACCAACUACAUAACCACAAUUCAAAGAUUCUUUAUUACUGUUUUUAAGGACAUGCUGCCAAAUGCUAGUCAAAGAUCCUCAACAUAACAGGAUUACUGUUUUUAAGAACCUGCUCAAAAGUGGCUAGUCAAAGACCCUCUUUAAAACAGGAACGCGCUUCUGUUUUUAAGGACCUACUGCAAAAAAACCUUAGUCAAAGAUCUUCAACGUGACAGGGUUAUGGUUUUCACAAACCUGCCAGUCAAAGAUCCUCUAUAAAACCGGAGCACUGUGCUGUUUUUAAGGACCAACUACAUAACCACCAUUCAAAGAUUCUUUAUAACGGUUUUUAAGGACAUGCUGCCAAAUGCUAGUCAAAGAUCCUCAACAUAACAGGAUUACUGUUUUUAAGAACCUGCUCAAAAGUGGCUAGUCAAAGACCCUCUUUAAAACAGGAACGCGCUUCUGUUUUUAAGGACCUACUGCAAAAAAACGUUAGUCAAAGAUCUUCAACAUGACAGGGUUACAGUUUUCACAAACCUGCCGGUCAAAGAUCUUCUAUAAAACCGGAGUACUGUGCUGUUUUUAAGGACCAACUACUGUUUUUAAGGACAUGCUGCCAAAUGCUAGUCAAAGAUCCUCAACAGGACAGGAUUACUGUUUAAGAACCUGCUCAAAGGUUGCUUGUCAAAGAUCCAUUUGACUGCUAUUUUUGAGUACCUUAUCAAAGGUGGCUAGUCAAAGAGCCCCUAAAUAACAAGAGCACUCUGCUGUUUUUGAGUACUUGCUACAAAAAUUGCUAGUCAAAGAUCCUUUCUUUAUGACAAAAGCACUGAAAUGGUUUUGACCUCACACUGUUUAGUCAAAGUGCUCUACUGUUUUUUAUACUGUAGACAUGCUGGACAAAGAUCCUUUCACAUCACAUUAUUGCUGUUUUUAGGGACCACCUACAAAACCGCAAUUCAAAGAUCCUAUAUAUAGUACAUGACAGGAACACUGCUGUUUUUAAGAAUUUACAAAAAUGCUAGACAGAGAUCAUCUAUAAAUGACAGAAGCAUUAUGCUGUUUUUCGGGAUCUACUGCAAAAAACACUGGUCAAAGAUCCUCAACGUGACAGGAUUAUUACUCCUUUUAAGUUUCAAAGGUGCUCUACAAAACAGGAGCAGUCUGUUGUUUAAAAGGUGCUACUGUGACAGGCUCCCAUGGAUGGAUGAUACUACAAAAACACUAGUCAAAGAUCCUCUAUGAAACAGAAGUCUCUGCUCUGUACUAUGACCAAACACAGGUACCAGCUGACUAACCCUAAUCUGAUUGAUAUCAUUUCAUGCACUUUUGAAUGUGUUUUUUUUCUUUCUAAAUAAACAAUGAUUAUAUGUGGAAAAACAAGAUGUAUAUAUUGUAAAUAUGUAGUGAACAUGAAUAUGCAUUAAAACUCAUACCA